AUGUACAUCUUAUCACUCUCAGUCAUAUCUCCAACCUCCAAGGUUCCUCGUCUUUCCGAACCUCACAUGCACACCUCCCGACCCCAGCCGCCAGUGACCGUGACAUUCAUUGAUCAAUCAAAAUUUAAUAAUGACCGACAUCUAAGAGGGCAGGCACAGGCACAAACAGACACAAACACAAGCACACAAACAAACAGACCUUGUGCUGUGCCGGCGUUUUCAUACUUUGACUUGAGCUUAGCUGCUGUGGCACGAGCGUCUGAUCGCACAGAAUCAGUCGUGGAAGAAGUACGGGAUGAGGUGAAUGAGAGGGUCGUCGAAAACGACGAGGAGAAGGAGGAGCCCAGCCCCAGGCCGAGGGUAGUGCGAUAUCUGCGGCGGUACAUAGUGACACGAGUUGACUGUGUGGAGGAUCGCGGACGACUGAGCUUUACACGCGUAGGCGCAACUCACAACCCGGAAAAGUGCGGGAUUUAUUACGGGAGAGCUAGACGAAUUGACGCACAGACUCACAGAGAUAUAAAAAAUAUAUUUAUUAGCGGCGAUAGGAAGUCCUGCAGUUAUUAA